UGUGGCACACGAAUUGAAGGCAUAUGAUUUAGUUCGCAGUUCACAUCUAUAAGGAGAAAUAUAGAGAGUUAUAGCUGUAAAUUUUGGCAAAGUUAAACAAACACGAUGAAUCCAAGGUGUUGUCGUUGCGACAAGAUUGUCUAUCCUGUUGAGAAACUGAAUUGUUUAGACAAGACAUGGCAUAAGAAAUGCUUUACUUGCCAAGUUUGCAACAUGAAGUUGACAAUGAAGAAUUAUAAAGGAUACAAUAAAUAUCCGUACUGCAACACCCAUUACCCAACAACGAAGUUCACUCAAAUAGCUGAUACACCCGAAAACGUACGUCUGUCAAAGAACACAAAGAAUCAAAGUCAGGUUGAAUAUCACAAAAAGUUUGAAGAAGAAAAAGGUCAAUUUACAGCUGUCCCUGAUGAUCCCUCGACGCAAAGAGCAAAACGAGCAAUGUUACAGCAAAGUAAUGCAGCAUAUACAAGACAUACUCAAGUUGAUGAAACACGUGCUUAUCCAGAAAAUGCGCCCGUGAGGGAAAAUUUCAAUCCACAGCCUCCAUCUCAUCACGUUCCUGCUCCAGUCCAUAACGUUCCAGCUCCUGCACAACCUAACCCACCCGUCCCUCCACCUUCAUCUCUUGGGCCGCGUUAUCGGGCGAUGUACGACUAUACGGCUGCUGAUGAUGACGAGAUAACAAUCCGCGAAGGAGAUAUUAUUGUUGACGGUGUUGACAUAGAUGCAGGAUGGAUGGAGGGACGUAAUGAGCGAACAGGUGCAUUUGGAAUGCUGCCUUCGAACUACGUCGAGAAAAUGUAGUGUGGAUGUAUGUCUUCCAAACGCUCAUUUUCCACCGAUAUAAAUUGUUCAAUUAUCUUUGUAGGUACAGUAAUCAGGUUUUCUGAGUUAUAGAUUUGUUUAUGUACUUGCUCUUUUUUAGGAAAGCUUGCAAUCCCAAAUUCAAAAGUAUUUUUCAAACUUAUUCAUUCAAACACACAACUACACACUGUAUUUUUUGUUAUAUAUAAAGUGUAGGAAGUGUUUUAUAACUUUAACUGUUGAGUUUAAAACUAAAUGUUGUGGAAUACAAUCCUUAGAAUUGUA